UUGCUUGUUUGUAUAAUGAGCGCGUUAAGAUGACUAAUAAGUGGUCUUAAAAAUAUAAUCUUUUUUGCGAUUAAGUUUUAACGUUUUCCGUAUUGAAAGUAAACAAUUUCUGUGUGUAAUUUAUAUUUAAAAUGGAUAAUGAUAGCGAUUCUGACGUAAAUGAUAUUUUAAAUGAUCUCUUAGCUAAUGGUGAUACAGAAGAAAAUCAAGAAUUAUCUCAAAAAGAAACUCGAAAAGAAACUCUUAAAGAAUUAAACUUUAAUUUCUUAGACAGUACACCUAAAACGAUUGAUGAAAGUAAAUCUAUUAAUCCCCAGGGAAAGAGUGAAGUUUAUGAUGAUACCCUUGACUCUUCGGAUGAUGAAGACAGGCGUUACUUCGAGGAACAAAAAUAUUCCAAUUAUGGACGUGAUAUAAAAACUUUAUUAAAAAAAGAAAUUAUUAAAAAAGACGAGGAUAGACCACUUCCACGUGAAAGCAGUAGAACGUUCGAUUUUAGUGCAACAAAAACCAAUAAAAAUUUAAAUACAGUAACAAAUAAUUCUAUUGUUACAGCAAAAGAUGUUUAUAGCGAUCCAUUUUUUGGAUUAAGAAUAGUUAAUCCAAUAAUCUCUUCGGCAGAGCUGAAGGCACGUAUGAGUGAUAAAGUACCUGUUACAGUAUCAAAAAUAAAAUAUCAUCUUAAUCCAGAAAAAAUGGAGAAAGACUGGGUAAUUGCAGGAGUAUUAAUAAAUAAAUCUACACCAAAAACUUCUCAAAAAGGAAGUACAUAUGCUAUAUGGAAAAUAAGCGAUUUAUCUGAUAAUAUGAAUACUGUGUGCCUUUUUAUGUUUAGUAAUGCAUAUAAAACGCUAUGGAAAACUACUAUUGGGACUGUGAUAGGUAUUCUUAAUCCAAAUGUCUUGGAAUCUAAAGACAAUUCUGAUUUAGCAACAUUAUCAAUUGAUAAUCCUCAGAGAGUCAUGAUACUUGGUAAAUCUAAAGAUAUGGGGAAAUGCAAGUCCAGGAAAAAGAAUGGAGAACCAUGUAGUUCUAUUAUAAAUCUUAGUCGUUGUGAAUUUUGUUUAUAUCACAUCAAACAAGAAUACAAGAAAUGCUCUCGUAGAGCAGAAUUACAGGCAUUUAGUAAUACUCAGAAAUUUUCAAUAGAUAUGUUAAAACAAAAACCACAGCAAAAACAAAAAUCGUUUUUCAACAAUAUGCCUGAAUUUAAUGCUGUUGUUGCUGUAAAAAAUAAAAAAUUAGAAGAAAAAGAUGCCAAACGAUUGGCAUUACUUUCAGGAAGCCAGAAGAUUAAUGAUUCAGCUAUUAAUAGUUUAGAUAAUAUAAGAAGUCGAAAUGUGAAAACAGAUAUACCAGGACAACAAAUAAAAAAAGACUUUGAACAAAUGAAUAAGUCGAGAGGUUGGAAAGCUGCUUUAUUAUCACAAACAUCUUCAGUCCACAAGACAUCCUCUUCAUCUACGUUAAUAGAGUUAAAUUCUUGCAAAAAUAAUAAUAUAGGAAACAAAAAUUUGUCUUCUCUAUCUUCAAAUCCUCGCUUAGGUAUUGGUUGUCUCGGAGGAACGAUAGAUUUGUCAGAGCCUAUAACUAAAAGACAAAUUAACAUAGCUAAAAAUAAUGCUGUAAAAUGGAUCAAAGAAAAUGGAAAAAUUAAACCUAAAGAUCCUAACAAAGUACGUUUGAGUAAAGAAGAGAAACUAGAAAAGGGAAAAAAACGUCCAAGAGAAUCAGAAAAUGAUGAAAGGCAAGAAGCAAAGAAAUCAAAUGUACUAUCAGAUAAAUUUAAAGAAAUGAUGCAAACUAAAUCUGCUCAUACUGAUCUCAUUGAAAAAUCUUAUGAACAGGAGCAAGAUAAAUAUUUCAAUAAGCUAGAAAUGAAAGAAAGAAUGGAAGAGAAAAUGUUGACUACUUAUAAGGUUCCUUGUAAAGCUGUUAGAUGUUUAACUUGUAAAUAUACGUCUUUUUCUGCUUCUGAAAUGUGCAAAGAACAGAAUCAUCCAUUGCGCGUUGCUGAUGCGGUGAAAAGAUUCUUCAAAUGUGGAGAUUGUGGAAAUAGAACAGUGAGUUUAGACAGAAUACCUUCGCAUAGUUGUAUAAAAUGCAGCAGUUCAAAUUGGACAAGGGCUGCAAUGAUGGAUGAAAGAAGAACAAAUGUUUCUGUCACCGCAUUAUCCAUUCGCGGAGAUGAGGAAACUUUUAUAGGAUCAACGACUAAAGAUGCCAAUCUUAAUCUCUUGGUACCAGAUAAGGAUGACAAGUAGUAUCAUUAUAAAUAAAGAUUUAUAAAAUAUUAUAUACAAGAGUGACAUCUUUGCUAUAAGUUUACAUCUAUUUAACUUUUAUAUUGUAUCUUAUAAGCAUAGAUAAUUGUUUGUAUUAUUGUUCUUAACAUCAAUACUCUUUUACUAUGUGAAAUACACAAGUAUAAAAAAAACUCUGAUGUGAUGUAGCUAUAUGUAUAUAUAAAUAUAAUUUAAUAUUUUUACAAGA